CCCUGUGGAUUUGAAAAAGGAAAACACUGGCGUGGUAGUGCAGAGGGGAGAAGAACUCUGAAUAGCAGAGGAGGUUCUCUCUCUAUAUGGGAAGACGGCCGGAUAGGUCGGUAGGGGCAUUGUCGUGUUGCAGGAUAGCGGUGGUCGUCAUCUUCAUCCUGUGUGCUUCGCUUAUGUUGGUGAUGUCGGCAACGACGAGUGGUGUUGACGUGAGCUCAGGGACGACCAUGUCGAGCUCCCCGGCAGCGCAGUACUCGGGCGGCGGACAAGCCGGCGAGGACGCGUACCGGAGCAGCAAGAGAAGGAUUCCCAAGGGGCCUGAUCCUAUACACAACAGGCGUGCUGGGAAGACGACGAUUGCGCCACGCCGGAGAGACUAGCCCCGCGCGAGACGACCAUCCACCGUACUUGUGCCAUUCUCGGCUUCCUCCAGAGAUCGUUCGAACGACGAUGGAGGAGGUUUUAUAAGAUGAGAUCCUUGGCUUUCUGCAAUGAGGUGCCGAGUUCAGCUCUCCUUUAAUGUGGAUUUUGGUAGUGGGGGUAAUGUACAAAAGUUGCAAUCUUCCCUCGCAAGAAAUCUGUCAUUUUUUGACCGAGGUUGAUCGACCAAUCUACCUUUCGCAUAUUCUUCGAGAUUUCGUUUGAAUCCAUGGUGAUUUGUCAAAAAAAUGUCCUUUUUGUGUCUGUGUGUAUUUAUCAAACC